UUUACCAGACUUCAUGUGACAAUAUACAUGCAUUUUCCCAGAUAACAAUUCUCGUAAAAUUGUAUGAAAAAUGUAAGGUAGAUGUUAUGACUCUGGAUAAUGUCUGUUGAUUAUGUAUUCAUCGUGCUGAUCGAUAUGUCGCUAUACUAUAAGUUCUACAUCCACACGCCAGGACAAGUGGUGGCGCUCUGCCGCAUUUCCUUUUAGCAGGAAUAAGAAGAAGAAGAAGAUGUUUGGCUAGCUGGUUCGCUAGAACUAGCCUUCUACUCCUACUGUUUGUUAUUUUAAUAUUAUUAAUGCAUUUCUUGAGUUAGCGAUAUUCAUGCCUGCUAUAUAUUCCUUAAUACAGCCACGGUUGAUUCUGCUUAGCUAGUAGGCUAGCUAGCGCUGCCCAUGCCUGCCGCUGUUUAUUCAAACUGGUUCAAUGGCUAUCAGAGCAUGGAAUCCUAGAAAACAUGCCCUGGAUGCAGGAGACGCAUGUCCUGUUGUGUCCAAAGUAUUGAAGAAGGAUGGAAUGCAAUGUGUCUCUGCUGGCUUUGACGACGCAGACCUAAGUGAAGAUGACUCUGUUGCGCUGAGUGUGCCUCUGAGCUGUUGUGAUGACAGCGACUGCAGCGACCAUGAAUUCAUCCAACUGGACAUCGACCUGGAGAGGAAAUCCAAACGACAUAACCUGACCUCCUGCAAUGUCCGCGCAAUCCUCCAUGAGGUGGUGACCAAUGAACAUGUUGUAGCCAUGAUGAAGGCUGCCAUUCAGGACACCCAGGACCUCCCCCUGUUUGAACCUAAGAUGACCCGUUCGCGUCUAAAACUUGUGGUGGCACAAGGAGAGUCAGCCCCAAACUGGAAGAGUUCACCAGGAAAGAGAGACAAGCCUCCUCAGUUUGUGGACAUCAUCCUCGAAGAUGAGGAGGACUCCUCAGACGAGGAGUAUUGUCCGGAUGAAGACGAGGAAGAGGAGGAGACUGCGGAGGAGACAUUUCUGAGUGAUGCAGACAGCAUGGGGUCUUCACCCCGAGUGAGUCGAACUCCACGGCAGCAGGAGACCACCGAGAGGGCCGUGGGCCAAUCACAGGUGUCCAGGUGCUCCAAACACCCAAGGCUGUCUGCCGGCUCCUGCGGUUCCCAGCUCCACAUCCCAGACUGUUCCUUCCUGGAGCGACUGGACGCCGUUGAAGAGGAGCUGGCGUUGAACACUUCCUGCCACUCUUACCAAUCUCUGAACGAAGAGGUGGAGGAAGGUGACGAAGGGGAGGGAGACGGUGCCGGCGGGGCCGGUGGUGAUGACGAUGCCAUCGGGCUCGUGGCGUUCCGCACCCGCUCCAAGCGCCCCCUCCGAGACGUCCCUUUGGGUCAGCUGGAGGCGGAGCUACUGGCUCCGGACAUCACCCCUGACAUGUACACCCCUGGCCCGCCUCUCUACAAGGAGGACCGACACUGGAGCCACUGGCUCCAGGGCCUGAUGGCCUCCGACAAUGAAGAAGAGGCAGAUGAUGAAGAUGACCCAGAGUACAACUUCUUGGCGGACUUGCGUGAGCCGGACCAGGAGGACUACAGGACGGACCGUGCUGUUCGAAUCACCAAAAAGGAGGUGAAUGAGCUUCUGGAGGAGCUGUUUGACACGUUCAAAGAAGAGCUGGUUGUGGAGGAAGCCCCGUCACAGACGGUGGCUAAAUUCAAUGUCCCGCAGGCGCUACGUUUUGAGGCGCCACUAGCCAACAUGCUAACAGAGUGCCGCCGGGCUGUGAGAGAGCAGUUUGACGCCCAGCAGCAGCGGAGGGCCGUGCAGGUCACGUCCAGCCGCUGCCCGGGUACCCCCACUGUGGCCCGCAACCCUGGUACCCCCAACACGGCCCGCAACCCUGGUACCCCCACCGUGGGCCGCUGCAAUGCCACCCCCACCGCCCCACCACUGCUGGUGCUGCAGCCUCAACUCCGCCCCGCGCGCUUCUUGAACCACGUCCAGAAAGGCCAUCUGCAGCAGCAGGUCCAGCAGCAUGUGCAGCUGCUGACUCAGGUCCACCUCCUGAGCCGAUGUGUUAAAGCUCUUCACAAUGAGAGCUCCAUCACCAAAACAUACCUGGUGAGUAACCAUGGCCUGUUCAUUUACCGUGACAACACCCGGUCAUUAUCCAGAAACAACACCAACAACAGGCCAGCAACCGUAACAACACCACACCACUUGGUCAGUAACCAUGACAACACCUGGUCAGCAUCCAUACGACCCCCGGGUCCCCACUCCGACAGCGGGUCACUCAUGACGACGGGCUCCUUGCUCCUGCAGGAGGAGCUGCAGCAGUUCUCCGGCCGCGCUGAGGCCACGGGCCGCAGGAGCAGCUUCAGAGCGUCCAACCUGGAGGAGGCGCUGCUGCUGCUCCAGGAGGUGGAGGAGAAGGAGAAGGAGAAGACCCCCGUCAGCCCGCGGCCGUCGGCCCCUACAGCCGGACGCUGGCUCCCCGAAAUGAGCUCUAGCAUCAACAGUCACGUGUACCCCUACAUCCCAGCAGACAUGGCCUGGCUGAUGGCCACCAGGAGGCUGUUCCUCCACCCAGAGCUGCUCCCCAUCUGCAGCAUGGACCCCCAGCUCCACUCCCCCCGAACCAGGACCCUGUACACCCCCGCCGAGGACUGCCUGAUAGCCCUGGGGCUGAGGAACUUCUCCGGGACGCUGGACCUCCAUCAGAUGCUCAGCUCCUACCUGGUGCUGAAGAAACCCUGGAAGCUGCGCAGGAGAGUCUGGGAGAUGAGCGGCGCCAAGGCCCCGGCCAACAACCCAAUCAAGGUGUUCCGUGAGGGCGGGGGGCUCCCGGCCAUGCCCUCGGCCUGCGGACCCACUGAGCCCGGAGAGCAGCGCCCCCCGGUGCACCGGGAGACCACCUGCAUGCCCGAGUGGCUCAAGAAGAGUCAGCCAGUCAUCCAGAAAGCCGUGCUGAGCUCCGGCCAGGCUUCCUGCCCCUCCUGGCUGCCAAGGGACACCCAGCUGAGGCUGCAUCCGUCCCGCCCCCCCACAGUGACCAAGCAGCACCCCAACUCUCCCCCCCGCCGCCUCAAACCCAAAAGACCCUUUUCUUUGGCUCGCAGCUCUCGCCUGCCACCUCUCAUCAUGGCAAACAGCCAAUCAGUCGGCCAGCAGCCAAGCUCGGCUGCUUCAACAGCCUCCGUACCGGACAUAAGGCCCAGUACUGUAGAGGACAUCGCUCCCUCUCUACAGGACAUAAGACCCAGUACUGUAGAGGACACCGCCCCCUCUCUACAGGACAUAAGACCCAGUACUGUAGAGGACACCGCCCCCUCUCUACAGGACAUAAGACCCAGUACUGUAGAGGACAUCGCCCCCUCUCUACAGGACAUAAGACCCAGUACUGUAGAGGACACCGCCCCCUCUCUACAGGACAUAAGACCCAGUACUGUAGAGGACACCGCCCCCUCUCUACAGGACAUAAGACCCAGUACUGUAGAGGACAUCGCCCCCUCUCUACAGGACAUAAGACCCAGUACUGUAGAGGACACUGCCCCCUCUCUACAGGACAUAAGACCCAGUACUGUAGAGGACACUGCCCCCUCUCUACAGGACAUAAGACCCAGUACUGUAGAGGACACAGCCCCCUCUCUACAGGACAUAAGACCCAGUACUGUAGAGGACACCGCUCCCUCUCUACAGGACAUACGACCCAGUACUGUAGUCACAACCCCGUCUCUACGGGACAUAAGACCCAGUACUGUAGUCCAACAGGACACGGCCACUUCUGUAGCUCAUAUUGCGCCUCGUACUGUCACUGUAUCCAAUGUGCUUCAAGGAGGGGGUCUCCUCCCCAUCCGGGCCACACUGCACUGUGCCUCAACAUCCACAGGCUGUGGAGGAGUGGGAGGAGAAGAGGGGCACGCAGGAGGGGGAGAGGAGGGCCAUGAAGGAGCGGGCGAAGAGGGGAACGGAGGAGGAGGAGGAGGAGCGGAGGAACACAGGGAGGAAACGGGAGGCGGGGACGACGGGCAGAGCGGAGGAGAGGGCGACGAGGGCGGGGAUAAAGACGGAGAGGAAGACGGGCCGGGCAGGGGAGAGGAGGAAGAUGACUUUGACGAUCUGACUCAGGAUGAAGACGAGGAAGAGGAGAUGUCUUCAGAGGAGUCCAUUCUCUCCGUUCCAGAGCUGCAGGAGACCAUGAAGCAGCUGACCUGGCUGGCCUCGGAGAGGAGGCUGGGAGGAGAGGACUCUGAGGAGGACCACUCCCCCGGCUCCCAGAACUCCCAGGAGGAGAUCUCUGAGGAGGAGGAGGAGGGGCUGGCCAAGGGGGAGGAGGAGGCCGGAGAACACCGGCGCUCCGAGGCGGCCGGGGGCGGCGCUCCGGGCGGAGAGGGACUUCCCAGAGGAACGGGAAAGACGCUGGCGAGAGGGAGAGGUCGAAUCCGUCCCCCAAAGCGCCGUCGCCCGGAGCGGCACAGCAAGGACUCCGCCAAACUGCUGCUGCUGUACGACCACCACCUCCUGGACAACGACCCGCAGAGAGAGAGCAAAGACACAGCCUUCGCCCAGGCCUACCUGACCAGGGUGCGUGAGGCUCUGGGUGGUUCUCCAAAGAGGAUGGAGGACUUCCUGUCCCUGCUCUAUGAGUUUGAGGAGGCAGGGGAGGAGCAGGGCUCCAUGGUCCAGCUGUACCGGAGCCUGCGCCGGGUCCUCCAGGACAACACCGAGCUGCUCCGGGACUUUGCUGCCUUCCUGCAGCCAGAGCAGGCUCUGGAGUGUGGCCUGUUUGAGGAGCAGCAGGCGUUCCAGAGAAGUCGUCGUUUCCUGAGGCAGUUGGAGAUCAGCUUUGGAGAGAACCCGUCUCAUUACCAGAAGAUCAUCAAGGCCCUACAGGGAGGGGACGACCUCAGCCAAACCAGUAUCCACGAGCUGAAAGCUCAGAUGGCCAGCCUGUUGAAGGGACACACCCACCUGCAAGGUGAAUUCUGGGUGUUUUUUGAUGAGCUCCGCCCACCGCUGGCUCGUCCAGGACAGUUCGAAGAUGCUCAUUGGCCAGAGGAAGGAGGCGGUACCUUGGACGGCAUCGAGGCCAUUGGUGCAGGAUCCGGGGGGGGGGCCAACGAUGGCUUUGAAGAAGUCACUCUCCCAGAACUCGAGGACGAGGAAGAUGGACAGAAGAUCCCUCCAAUGGCUGUCCGGCGUCGCAGGAGGAAAAUGGUUUCCUGCAGCAGCUACAAGACCUCCGACGGAGUCUCUAAAACCGUGAAGAACCUGGAGCCACUCUUCCCUGCUGGAGACAAGGACAGAGGAGACGACGGGGGAGAAAGGGGUCGAGAGAAGGAAGCGGGGGACAAGGGUUCAGAAAAGGAGGGAGGAGACAAGGGGGGAGACAAGAUUCUAGGAGACGAUGAAGAAGAGGGGGAGGGCGAGAGUGCAGGAGACAAGGUGGUGGGAGACAAUGAGGGGGGAGAUGAGGGGGCAGGAGACGCAGAGGGGGGAGAUGAAGAGGAGGCAGAAAAAGAGGGAGGAGACAUGGAGGGGGGAGUCGGGGAGGAGGCAGAGAAAGAGGGAGGAGAUGAGAUCGGAGAAAAGGAAGGAGGAGAAGUGGCAGUUGACUGUGAAGCCAGCAGUUCUGGGCCAGCGGCGUCAUCGUGGAACUACAUUAAGGUCGGCCCUGCAGCCAUGGCUGACGAAGAGGAAGAGGAGAUGGAAGAGGGAGAGAAUAAGCACAGUGAUGGCGAACGCGGCCGCGCUGACGACUCCCCUCACGCCAGGCCAAGCCCCUCCCCCGAGACCGCCGUCGGGGCCAAGAACAUGUCCCUCACGGCGAGCGGGGAGAAGGUGAUCCUGUGGACCAGGGAGGCCGACCGAGUCCUUCUGACCACCUGUCAGCAGGACGGAGCCAAUCAGAGCACAUUCCAAGCCAUUUCUAAUCUGCUCGGCAACAAGACUCCGAACCAGGUAUCAAGGAGGUUCCGGGAUUUGAUGAAACUGUUUCGUACCGCUGCCCGUCAAGCCGAUUCAGAGGAGGAAGUCCCUCCCUCUGAGCUGGCUGCAGCCAAUGAGGGAGAGGGACAGGAAUGACUCUAGGAAUAAGUGAUGUGUAUAUAUAUUGUAGCUUGUUUUUACUGUGUAUAAAACAUGUGUCAUUUUUUCUGUACAUAAAUGAAACUGCUGAUGCUUUUGUACAUAUUGAAGAAGGUAUGCGAUCAUGUCUUCAUUUUGUAAAAUGUUUUUACAUUAAACUAAAAUACUUUAUUUAUAAAACAUGUCUGGACAGUUUAAUCAGAGCUUUGUAAACUGCAGCUACCAAACAGAUCCAACAUCAGGUGGGGAGGGAUCAUCAAGGUUUGGGACGUCACUGGUCGCACCGUUGGCAGAGUAUAAAGGCCACGAAGGCCUAAAGAACAAUAGCGAGCCCAGGUGGAUUUCAGUCCUCCGAUGAACAAGAUUUACCUGCUGUUCUUCAAUUAGACAUGGGCAAUGACGUGUUCUUUUAUAGAUUUCCAACUUGAUUUGACAAAAAUACUAGAAACGAUAUACAAAUAGGCACAUAGUGAAAAGGGUACAAACAUCUGCCAAGAAGUUUCUAUGAAUAUAAAAAAUGGAUUUCUUCAAACAUAACUCAGUGUCUGUUAAACUAUCUAAAAUAUAAUAAAAGUUAAAAUAUAUAUUAAUAAGGCCCCGGAACUGUCACGUAAACAAGAACCUUUGAAAGAUUCUCUACAGAAGCUCCACCAUUACCAGUUUGAGUCUCGAUGUGUGUCAAAGGUUUUGUCCUUUGUAAUGUAAAUAGGCAGCUUUCCAACAGGUUCGGGUCGAACCCUAUCCCCAGAACCUCUGUUUAGUCGGGGGUGGGUCCUGGUGGGUCUCCACCUCUUGGGCGAAGAGGGACCCUGCAGCCUCCAUGGUGAAGAUGAAGUAGAGGUUUGCUACCAACAUGGUGAGGCUGGGUAGGAAGGACAGACCAAAGCCAAACCCCCGAACACUGCUGCCCAGGGAGGCCGCUAUCCAGUACACCAACCUAGGAGAGGGACGAGUAGUAUUCAUUAAGUACUAUUCAUCCUAUUGAUGGACCAACAUCUAACCUGGGGGAGGAACAAGUAGUAUUCAUUAAGCAAUAUUUAUCCUAUUGAUACUCUAACAUCUAACCUGGGGGAGGAACCAACAGUGUUCAUAGACUCAAACGCCAAACUUACUAGUGGGAAUCCAACUCCCAACACUGUUGACUCCCUGGAAGACCCAUUCAUCUGCCUUCUAUUCUGGCUAGAG